GCUGCCAGCUCUUGGCCAAGUUUAUUGAAAGCGCAGAAUCCGAGAGCUACGGACGUGCUUCGCUCGAGCGCAUCUUCGAACCACGAUCUCCGGCCCUCGCUCGCACCCGCCCGCUCGCUCGCUCCGCGAUCGUGAUAUCGUGCCGCGAGUUUGGACUUUAUUUCGAUUGGGAAAAGGCGGUGAAAAUAUUACACACUGCAGACGUCUGUCUGCCAGCCGAUUUUGUCAUCGCGAUCAUUGUUAGGCGCUAGUCGGCUCCUACGCGGCGGUAUAAACUGUAUUGCAGCUCGCCUCUGCCCCUCUGGGCAAUGCCCCAUUCUAAUUGUUAAUUGCGUGACACGUUCCGAGAGAAAUAAUAAUACAGAAGUAAUACGAAACAUCGCACAUCACCCACGACACGAUGCAGUUCGAUCCGAAGCCACGACGCGGCGGCGUGGCUAGCUUCGCCGCAGUGCUGCUGAUCCUCAGCGCGGAUCUCGCCGUUGGAAGGCCUGAUGUGCGCGAGUCGCCCUUCGCCCGCGAGCUGCAGCCGCCGCUGCUGCAGCCGGACGUGACCUUCAGCCCAGCCGACCAGCAGGGCGCUGGCCCCAAGGCCAUCGAUAGCUACGGCAACCCCAUCGACGCACUGCGUCCCAUUGACACGCCCGACGGGCGCAAGGUGGUCAGUGCCCAGGGCGUUCAGUUCGAGAUACCCACCUACGCAUCGGGGAUCACGGAGAUCCGGCGGCCGGCCGACGAUCUUCUGCCUCCGCACAUUGGUGAGUUGACAACCAAGGGAACAGAGGCUGCCAGCGGUGCCACCAGCAGAAGGGAAACGGAAACCAGGACGAAAAACGACACAAAGAACAAUGCCUUGACUGCACCACACACAAACAGUAGAAAUAGUAGCACCACUAGAGCCACUAGAGCCACUAGAGCCACUAGAACCACUAGAGCCACUAGCACCACCCGCACCGCACCAGCUGCACCACCCAUUAGCACCACUAACAAGCUGGCCAAGCGCGAUUCGCCGGGCGGCCAGUUCCCCAUCGCACCACCCACUAACCACCACGCCCCGCCCGCCUACUCCCUGAUCAGGCUGAAUCCCUUCGGGGAUUCCGACUCGCCCAUCACCCAGAUUGGCUCCCCUUCAAGCCUCAGUCCCAGCCCUUGUCCCAAUUCCCCGUCCCAGUCCCAAGCCAAAGUCCCCGCGAAUUGCUCGAAAUACUCAACCACGAAUCCGAAUCCUCUCCAACCAGAUGCCAUCGCUGUGGGCCUGGAGUCGCCCCAGUCCAGUGCAGAACAGAAACCGAAUCCGAUACCGAUUCGGGACUCAUUCUCCGGCACAGCAUCAGCAUCCGCACCAGCACCUCUUCCAGCCACAUCACUAACACCGCCCCACCAUGACCCACCCUCAUCCGACACGCCGACCACCAGCACCGCCGCGGAUGUGGAGGUGGAGCAGGCGCAGCUGGUGCCUCUGCCCCAGGAGGAGGCCAGCUCUCUGCCAGAUUACAUCCUGGAGCUGCAGCGCCAGGAUGCGAAUAUCGGCGGACCAGUGGAAUGGAAACCGGCAGCCGAUGGAGCACCACUCAGUGUGAUCGCCUGGGAUCUGCUGCCACCGCACCAGGAGCAGGACAGCCAUCACAGCCAGGAGGAGCAGCAGCAGGAGCCCACCAUCAUCACAGAGGCACAACAGCUGCCGGCCAAGAAGGUCCAGGGCAUUGUGGAUCCCAUCAGUCACAAUAUACGGCUGAGCCUGAGCAGCGGUAACGCCCUUAGUCCAGUGGCCCCCCUGCAGGAUCAGGAGCACCAUGAUGGACCAGCGGAGCAUGGCACCAAUGCCCAUGUGGGCAGCACCACACCCAGCAAUCCGGGUCGCUUUCCCAACCGCCAGCGUGGCACGGCCCACUACAGCACAACCAGGAGCAGUAGCACCACCCUGAGACCCAGGAGCAGCAGCACCACCACCCAGGCACCAACCACGACCACUACCAGGAGAACUACCACAACCACGACGACUACUACCAGGAGACCCACCACCACAACCACCACUACGACAACCACUCCGAAGCCAGAGCCACGCACCACCGCUGCAAUACCCCUUGGCACCACCGAGGAUCCUGCCACCUUCUACCACCUGGAGAACGAGGAGGCCUAUGCCUACACCUUGCCCACCUGGCUGCAGGAGGUCACCGACCCGGAUCUGGAUGUGGCGGUGACCUUCGAAGUGCCCGCCGACAACGACAAGUACAACCACUCGCUGGCCAACGAUCUGGAGCCACCUUUCGAGCCCUUCGUGGAUCUGGGCAACAUUCAGCUGACGCCACCACCCACCAGCAGGCCCAGCACCACAACCACGAGGAGAACGACCACCACAACCACUACGGCGGCACCAACAACAACGACAACAACCACCACAACAACCACGCCACGAACAACCACAACGACCACGCGGCGAACCACCAAAGCACCCAUUACAACACUAAAACCAACAGCACCCACCACCCACAGCACCCAAGCGCACCCAGAACCUCCGCCAGUGAAACUGACCACAACCACCACCCACCACGCAGAUAACCCGCCCGAGGAUUCGAGGAGCACCACUGCGAGUCCCCUGGACGGAGGCAACCCCUUCGACUCGGCCACCAUUCCCGCCUGGCUGCGAGACUUCGACUAUCCGGAUGUGGGUCCCGGUGUGCCCUUCGAUCCGGACAACUUUGGACAGCAGCCGGCAGCCGGAGCGGCAGCCGGAGGAGCAGCCGCUAGUAGCAGUACCCGUUACCCAACCAACCCGCCACGCCUCCCUAACGUCCCAACCGCCUCCUCCGCUUUUCCAUCCAAAGUCACGCUUCCGCUUCCAGGCAGCAGCAUCAGUGGCCCCAGCAGCAGCGAGGAACCACCAAAGGUGCUCGUUCCGCCCGCUGACUCGGAGUCCACCGCCGGUUCCGUCUCCGGCUCCGCCAACUCCAAUCCCGGACCACUCACCCAUCCCACAUCCUUUGCAGCCCGCUUCGAGCCACCGGCCAGCAGCUCCAGCUCCAGCUCCUCCGCCGCAGAGCCCUUCCCGCCCAGCAAGGUGGAGUACACCAAGAGCGACGAGGGCAAGGUCAUCAGCACGCCGGUCACCAGCAACCAGCGAAGAACUGAGGCUGCGGCUCCAGCUGUGAACACUGGAAAGUACACGGGAGGAUUCGGAGCUCCGGCGGGGCUACUGCGUCCACAGACGACCAGCGCCAGCGGCCCCAAUCCGAGUGCGAGUGCCAGCUCCAUCUACGUGGCCGGCAACCAGCACGAGUUCAGCAGCAUUGUGAAGGCGAACAAGGCGAGGCCCACCGUGAACCCAGGCCGCUACAACGGCGGCUUUGGAGCACCCACCGGCGUGCUUUCGCCACAGGCCCAGGCCCAGGCCCACGCCCCGGCGGAGCCGCGACCCUUCCAGGCCGCAGUGCACCAGCAGGCGGAGCACAGGGAACCGCAGUCCGGAACCGCCAGCCGCUUUGGCGGACCACCCGGCAUCCUGGUGCCCUUCGACAAUGUGCAGCGAACCGGGGGGCAGUAGUCCGGGAGUGGAGCGGCCUCCGCAAAUACUUUAAAUUAUUUAUAGCCCAUGUACAUGUACCUAUGCUAGAGCUGAGUAAGGGGAUCGCCAGCAAACUUGCGUAAAUAAAAGUAAAAGUCCGAGAACCAAUCCCGAAUCUCAGUUCACUGGGCGGGGCAGUUCAGGGGCUUCGGUCGAGCACGGGCCAGUCUGUCCUGAUACAGCCUACGGUACACACACAUCAUAGACUUUUGUGCUACGGAAACUGUUCAGAAAUUAUCCCCAAAUUCGACUCGAAAAUGUGCAAUUGUGAGUACACACCCUCGUGUUGCGCCAAGUUCUAUCCAAUAUGGUGCAUAGUUUGGGGCGCCAUAUCAGUCGUAACUGGAAUCAUAAUGGCACUCAGACAAUACCUUGCCUCUGAGAAUUUGCCUCUGGGAAUUUUCGCAAUUUUGUUUGGGCUCUCCUACCUUGUCGCUGGCUUGUUGAUGUUCUUUGGUGCUAGAAUGAAUAAGAAGACGCUUUUCAAGGCUGGAAAAAUCUUGAGCUACUUUUAUGGUAUCGCUGGAUUCAGUACUAUAUUCAUCCUGGUUGUCCACAUCAUCGCUGUGAUCAAGCUGUGCAGAUAUGUGGAGGAGCGCUGGGGAUAGCUGGCCAAGGACUGCGCUUCCGUUCUCAUCUGCGCCUUACGAGAUCCCUACGGAUUUAUCAGUUCUCGACCAAGUUCCGGCCUUGUUGAUUUUGUUUGGGCUCUGACGGCACUUUGGGAUGUGGCCACGACGGAACUCGGUGGGUUCCGCUGGAUGGUAAGCUACAUCCUCCGCCACAAACGGUCUUCAUAUGCUUUCUCGACCAGCACACUUUAUUUGGACCACAUCCCGACGUUGUGGAAUGCUGCCAUGAUGAAAUUUAACGUGUACGAUGCCUAGACUUCAAAAAUAUGUAACCAAAUUUAAGUGUGUUCAAUUAAAAUUGUGUUUAAUGCGUUAA